AUGGAGGAUCAAAAGCAGACGAGUUUCACGUUUGAGAUAGAUAACUUCUCGGAGACGGAAGGUGCGAUAUCAUCACCAACAUUCUCAAGCGGCCGCUGUGAAUGGCGAGCUAGUUAUUCCUUCGUUCUGUUGAAUCAAUCAGGCAAAGAGCUCUUCAGAAAAGAUGGAUCGUGCAAAUUGUUCUGCGCUCAGUUCUCAUCAUGGGGUAGGGCAGAUGCCGUGCCUCUUCAAAAGCUUCAAGAAAAAGGGUUUAUGGAGAAGAACAAACUGAUAGUUAAAGUGGAAGUAAAAGUAGUUGAAGUUGUUGAUCAAGGAGAUGUCACUGGGAAGGAGACGUUUGAUUUCAUGGGUUUCCGAGUUCUUUAUUCUCAGGUUGGUACAGUGAGUAGGCUUUUCGGGAAGCACCCAGACAUUGCGAUAAAUUUCAGACCAAAGAACCAAUUGGUGAAGACAACAUACAUCAAUAUCUUACUCGGUCUCAUCGAGACACUGAACAAGCGUCCACAUAACUUAUCCGAAACCGAGCUAAGCAACGCUCGUAGCGAGUUGAUCGAGCUAACGGAAGCGGGUUUUAAGCUAGACUGGUUGAAGACAAAGCUUGCUGAGGUUACCUUGGAGAGGAAGAAACCAAAUUCUGAUGGUGGUCGAGUCCAAGAACUGGAAAAAGAGAUAACCACGUCUACUGCUAAAGUUUUAUCAUUGGAGCAGAGAGUGCCGAAUCUCCAAAAUGAGCUUAGCAAGAAGAAGGCCAAAUCUGCUUCUCCUAAUUUUCCAUUAAAGGAUUUUGUUCUUUGCGUUUGGAAUACCAUGAGUAAAAGUGAAAUUAAGCGACGGAGAUCCGGUUAUGAAAAGCUAGACUGA